ACAGAAUUUGUGAUAACUAUUGAGGAGGGCCAAGGGGCAGAAACCCUGAAUGUCACAAAUGGAAUUACUCAACCUCAGCUUUCCUUUUCUAUUUUUAAGCUGAGAGUAGUCUUGCUUGGGAAGUUUUGGAAUGUGGGGAUGAUAUUCUGAUCACUAGAAAUUACUCUGAUUACUGACCCAUUACGUGAGGUAGGACUGAUUUCUUUCUAGGGAUGGAAUUUAUGAACAACCUCACUGUCUUCACUGAGUUCAUCCUCCUCGGACUGUCUGCUAAACCCUACCUUCAGGUUCUGCUCUUCGUGCUCUUCCUGUUGAUUUACCUCCUGACCUUGCUGGGGAACCUGGUGAUGAUCCUGGUGAUUAGAGCUGAUUCUCACCUCCACACCCCCAUGUACUUCUUUCUUGGACAUCUGUCCUUCCUGGAUCUCAGCUUCUCCUCAGUCACCGUGCCCAAAAUGCUGCAGCACUUCCUGUAUCUGAAGAAAAGCAUCUCAGUGUGGGGCUGCAUCACCCAGAGUUUCUUUCUCACUCUCUCUGGGAGUACCGAAGCCUGUCUGCUCUCUGCCAUGGCCUAUGACCGCUACAUCGCUGUCUGCCACCCUCUGCUCUACACCGUGGUCAUGAACAGGCCUCUCUGCACUGCAAUGGUCAGUGCAGCAUGGGGGAUGGGGUUUCUGAACUCACUAAUAAAUAAUCUUUUCAGCCGCAAGUUACAUUUCUGUGGGUCCAACAUCAUCUCCCACUUCAGCUGUGAGCUGCCAUCACUAUUCCUGCUGUCCUGCACUGAUCCCACUGCCAACAAGUUGCUUCUCUCUGGGUCAACUACAUUUCUGGGGCUGCUGACAUUUCCCCUGAUCAUCUUCUCUUACUCCAGAAUCAUCUCUGCCAUCCUGAGCAUCCCCUCCUCUGGAGGCCAAGGCAAAGCCUUCUCUACCUGCUCCUCCCACCUCACCGUGGUGCUCUUGUUCUAUGGGACAGCUCUCUUCAGGUACAUCAGCCCUCCUUCAGGCUCAUUGUUGGAGCGAGUAGUCUCCAUUCAGCACACUGUGAUCACAUCCUUGCUGAACCCUGUCAUCUACAGCCUCAAGAACCAGGAGGUAAAAGCAGCUCUGCAGAGGAUGCUGAGGCAGAAAAUGUCUUCCUCAGAAGAGGGCAUCUCUGUGUGGUGUUCAGUCAGAGAAUGGGGAGAAGGGAUCUUCAGAAACAGAAACACCUUCUGAGGAAAGAAGACAUUUUAGCCCAGAGGUUCUAAAAGCAUUGUCUCCAGACCAGCAGCAUCAGCAUCACCUGUGAGUUUGCUAAAAAGGCAGAUUCUCUGGCCUGACCCCAGAGAUACUGAAUCAGAAACUCUGGAGGUGGAGCUCAACAAUCUGAGUUUUAUCAAGUCCACCAGGUGACUGUCAUGCAUAUUCAAGUAUCUUAGGCUGGGUUCCUAAAGGGGCAAAACCAGUGAAGCAUACAUAUGUAGAUAUAUAAAAAGAGAUUUAUUUCAAAGAAAUGGCUCUUGCAGUUACGGAGGCUGGCAAGUCCCAAAUCUAUGGUCAAGCAUCAGGCUGGAGGCUCCCCCUGACUCACAUGGUUGCAGAGACUGACAAAUCCAAAAUUGGCAGGUCAGAAGGCAGGCUGCUGGCUCAUAUCCCAAGAACCGGAAGUCAGAGGAUGAUGAAUUGAAUGCAGAAUCAAGAAACAACUAGCUUUGCUAGAACAUCCAUAUGUAUUGGAUGCAGGUCAUACCUCCAAUUAAACUCCCCUUUCAAAUGAUUGGCUAUUCACAACAUGUCACAAAAUGGAGGAUGAUUAUAUAACAUUUGCAAACCACUGAGAACCAUGGCCUAGCCAACUUGACACCUAACCGUAAUGAUCACAUACAGUUUGAGAAACACUGUUUUAGGACAGGAAAUGUUUGACAUGACUUUGAACAUGUUAUCAAAAGGGACUAGGCCAUGGAGAAGUACUUCAUGCUUGGUAAAGUAAAGGGCCAGUGAAAGAGAAGACCCUCAGUGAGAUGGAUUGACAUAGUGGCUGCAACAAUGGGCUCAAACAUAGCAACGAUUGUGAGGAUGGUGUGGGAUUGGGCAAUGUUUCAUUUUGUUGUAUACAGAGUAACUAUGAGUCAGAACCAACUCAACAGUACCUGGCAAAAACAACAAUGUUUGAGAAUCCUCACAACUGGACCAAUAAGCAACAUCAUGAUAAAAUGAGAAAAUAGUGACUUUGUCAAGGAUUCCAUUUUACUUGGAUCCACAAUCGACACCUAUGGAGGCAGCAGUCAAGAAAUCAAAUGAUGUGUUGCAUCAGGCAAAUGUGCUGCAAAAGACCUCUUUAAAGUGUUAAGAAGCAAACACGUCACUUCUGAGAGCUAAGGUGCACCUGACCCAAUCCAUGAUAUUUCCAGUCAUCCUAUAUGCAUAUAUGAAAGCUGCAUAAAGAGGACCAAAGAAGAAUUGAUGCCUUUGAAUUACGGUAUUGUCAAAGAAUAUUGAAUAUACCAUGGACCGCCAGAGGAAUGGACAAAUCUAUGUGGGAAGAAGUACAGCCAGAAUUCUCCUUGAAAACAAGGAUGGUAAGACUUCUUAUCACGUACUCUGGACAUGUUAUCAGGAGUGCCUAGAGAAGGGCAUCAUGCUUGGUAAAGCAGAGGGUCAAUGAAAAAGAGGAAAACCCUCAACAAGUUGGAUUGACACAGUGGCUGCAACAAUGGUCUGAAACAGCAAUGAUUGUGUGGAUGGCACGGAAUGUGGCAGUGUUUUGUUCUGCCAUACACAGGUCGCUAUGAAUGGGAACUGGCUCCUUGGCACCUAACAAAAACAACAACAUUUGAGAAGAUUGUCUUUGGUGAAAGGCAAACUAAGAAUUAAUUUCUCAGAAUGAAGAAUCCAUCUUGAACGAAAGAGUAGGUCAGUAAAGCAGUCAGGACAAUAACAUUUGAUUGUAUGAUCAUAUCAACUGCUUCACUCUGCAAGGCUGCUAAUGGGGGAAAAACAUCCUACAUUGUUUUAGGGCAUGGGGGCGGAGUGAGGAAGAGUUGGACUGCUCCACUGAAGCUGCCCCAGCUUAUUCCUUCGUGCUUUCAUUCUAAAGACCCUUCAGGUGCCAAAACGGCAUUCAGGCCAAAGGACAGGCGCUCCAGAAUAGCAACCCUCAAGCAUUUCACUCACCUCACCUGAGGAUACCUGGGAACACCAAACAACCAGAGUACCUGGUUAGAGGUCACUGGUUUAUCCCAGAGAGCACUACAGCCUGAGGCUAUAGUGGAGAGGCAAUAGUCCACAAGAGACAUUACUUCAUGCGUGAUCGCUAGUGCUUUCCACUGAGACUUUUUGCAUUUUGAUCUGGUUCCCAGGGCUAGGCUGUCAGGAGACCUGAACAAUGAGUUCUGGUUUCUUUACAGUUUGACACAAGACCAUUUUUUCCCGUUCUUCCUUGUGGACUCCAGGCCCCUCUCAAUCUUUUUUUUUUUUAACUAUAAACUCCAAUAUACUUACAAAACCGCAUGUACAUUUUUAAGAAUAAAAAUAAAUCAAUCAACUGUGUACUCAUUGCCUGACUUAAGACAGACUAUUUCGAGCCCUAGAAAGUUCCUUGUGUAUUUCCCAUCAUAUCACUCUCUUCCUCUGCCCCGGGUAACCACUGUCCUGAAUUACACAGUACUCCAUUAUAUACUUUAUUACCACUUAUUUGUUAUCCUUAAGUGCAACUGUUGAGUUCGCCUAUUUUAAACUUUAUGACUAGAUUCACACUGUGCAUACCUUCUUUCUAUGACUUGCUUCUUGGGCUUAACAUCUUUCUUGUGUUUUAGGUAUGCCUUUUUAUAAGCAGCAUGUAGCUGCAUUGUGGUUAUUUUAUCCAGCCUGAAUUCCUUCUUUUAAGAGGAGAGUUCAUUCAUUAACUGUUACAAUGAUUUUUGAUAUAUUGAUAGGUACUUUCUCUUUGUUCCACUUCGUCUGUAUCUUCCUUCUCCUUUUUCUCAUUCCAUUCCACUUUUCCCUCUGGUUGCCUAUUCUUUUGAUGGUUACACUACUUUUUUUUUUUAAUUUAAAUCUUGUUUACUUAACAAAGUCUAAUGUCAGUAGUUAGACCCUCAUUCAAAAAUAGUAUAAACACCACAAGACACUUCAUAUCUAAACAUUACCACCCCAACUUAAAUCUACUCCUAUCUGCUAUUUUAGUUCUUUCCUUUUCCCUCACAAAUUAUACAUUAUUAUCACUACUUUAUACAGUUUUAGUUUAGAUUUACCCAUAUAUUUCCCAUAUCCUUGCUCACUACUUGUUUUUUCAACUGGGACCAUUUUCUCCUACCCAAAUUUGAUCUUUUAGAAUUCUCUUUUGAGUGACAACCUGUUGGUAACAAACAUGUUUGUCUCAACAUGACUUUAUUUCUUGAAAGAUCAUUUUCUGGCCAUAAAAUCCUAGAUUGUGGCCUGAGUUGAAGUUCUAUUCUCACAGAUGGGGCAUACAUUUUUUUCUGCCAGUUUCCUUGAAGUCAUCCCUCUGCUUAAAGUGUUUCAGGCCAUACACGCACAAUGAUUUCAGACUUCAAGUCCAUCUGAGCACCAGCUGUGGUUAUGAUUUCUCAGGAAAUAUCCCCUUCUCUGUUUACUCAGCUCCAGUAUCAAAAUAGCCAAGAUUUCUCACAGUCCCUGUCAUGUGGUGGAUUAUUUAUUCAUGCUUACUCUACCGUCCCUUAUUUUUAACACUCAUAUAGUGUUUACUAUGUGCCAGGUAUUGUUUUAAGAACUUUAUAUAUAUUAAGUAAUUUAAUGCCCUGAGCAACCUUAUGAGAUAGAUACUAUUAUUAUCCUCAUUUUACAGAUGAAGAAACCGAGGCACAGAGAGGAAAAGUCACACAGCCACAGGUCACACAGCUAAAAGGUGAAAGAGUUGGUAUUUUUUUAA